CGGACCAGGUAUAUGAUCGGCAUUUGGGCCCCGACUAAUUUGAAAAUGAGACCGUGGAUUGAUGAAUUUCCAUUACAGCUCAGGUGACCGUUGCACUUUUGAAACAAAUACCUGAUGACUCCCAAAACCCGUUUUCUUACUCCCCUGGUCUGAUACGACCCAUGGCAGCAGUGGCUCUGGAAGCAACGAAUCGCUGCAAGAAGCUAAUGAAGUUCGGACUCUCUAUCUUCCGGAAAAGCUUCAACUCCUCCAAAUGCAAAACGAUUGCAAAGAUGGCGACGGCGAGAAUAAAGUUGCUGAGGAACAAGAGAGAGGUGGUUGUGCGGCAGAUGAGGCGAGACGUGGCCUUGCUUCUCCAGUCGGGUCAGGAUGCCACUGCUCGGAUCCGGGUUGAACAUGUUAUCAGAGAGCAGAAUGUUAUGGCAGCAAAUGAGAUUAUUGAGCUCUUCUGUGAACUUGUCGUCUCAAGACUCUCAAUUAUUGCAAAGCAAAGGGAAUGCCCAGCAGAUCUGAAAGAAGGGAUCUCCAGUUUAAUAUUUGCAGGACCGAGGUGCUCAGAUAUUCCGGAACUAUUAGCAAUUCGGGAUCUUUUUGAGAAAAAGUACGGGAAAGAUUUUGUAUCUGCAGCCACUGAUCUAAGACCCAACUGUGGUGUUAAUCGCAGACUCAUUGAGAAGCUCUCAGUUAGAACCCCUACUGGUGAAGUCAAGCUGAAAGUAAUGAAAGAAAUAGCCAAGGAGUACCAAAUCAAGUGGGAUACGACAGAAACUGAGAUGGAGCUUCUCAAGCCUCCGGAAGAGCUUAUAGAAGGACCACAGGCUUUUGUUAGCGCUGCCAGCAUGCCUGUGAAGCCCAUAUCAGUGCAAUCCUCCAGACGAACCGAGCUGGACGCCACCAGACCAUCCUGUGGAGGAGAUGUGGUGCAGUUUGAGAAUGCAGCUUUGGCUGCUGAAGCAGCUGCAGAAUCUGCAAAGAAAGCAAUUGCCGCUGCACAAGCUGCUGCAUAUAUGGCUAACAAGCCACCUAAUCUGGUUACUCAAGCACCUGCAGUUGAUAAUAACUCAAAUGCUUUCUACAGUUCCAUAGCAACCAAUUCCUAUGGCCUUUCAAUGCCUAGUGAACCCCCACUCAGCUCUCGAGAUGUCCAAUCUGAAACCCCAUGGAAAUCUGAGUCACAGGAUUUUGGCAGGCCUCCUUAUUUGAACAAUGAGACAAAGGCUGGUGGCAGUAUGCAUAGGAGACACAGCUACAAUUCCCCAUAUGCACAUUCUGACUUAAAGUUUGAUGAAUCAGACUGUGAUGAGAAAAGUGAGAUGGAAAAACCAGCAGAUGCAAUUCAUCAACCACCGGACCGGUCUCCACCAGCAGUACCUUCAUCUCUUGUUUGCCCGCCAGUGGACAGAACUACAACGGACAACUCUUACUCGCAUACUCAGAAUCCAGUUUUUCGCGUUCAUCCCAAAUUACCAGAUUAUGAUUCCCUUGCAGCUCGCUUUGAAGCUCUCAAGUAUCGCAAUUCACUACCCUGAGGAUUCUUAUUUUGGCGUUCGUAUUUCAUGCUUUUUUUGUUCUUGUGGUUGAGAGCAUUUAUAUUUAUUUUUCACAUUUGUUGUAUAAGUGUAUAUGUAAGUCUAUAACACAGAACCUGGGCAAUAUCUGUCAUAAUUUCUGCAUCUUUUGUUUUUUUGAUGCACUUUGUUGCAUCUCUUGAAAAGAACAUCCUUUAGUUAAGAAAUGAACAAUCAUUUUGCAGUUUGAUAUCAAAUUUUUAUUUUAUCA